AUGGAAAGGAAGAAUGUGUUUGUUACAGUGGGCACAACGCAUUUUGAUGCCCUCAUCAAAGCUGUAGUAGACGACGAAACACUAGAAAAAUUACGAGAAAAGGGUUAUAAAGAAAUUGUUCUUCAGACUGGUAAUGGAAAGUUUGUUCCAGAGCAAGGUGUCCACAGGGGAGUGAAUAUUACCUCCUUCAGACUGAAGGCCUCAAUUGCCGAGGAUUUUGCAAAAGCAGACCUAGUGAUCAGCCAUGCUGGGGCAGGUUCCUGCCUGGAAGCCCUUGAGGCAGGGAAGCCUCUUGUGGCUGUGGUAAAUGACACACUGAUGGCGAAUCAUCAGGUAGAGUUAGCCGAAGAGCUUGCCAGUAGAGAAUUUUGUUUUUUCUGUUACCCGUCAACUUUACAAAGUACCUUGGCUACUUUAGAUAUUUCGCAGCUUAAAAAGUAUGAACCUGGACAGCCACAGCUCGUAGCAGAUUACCUUGAUAAGGAUACUGCAGUCAGUCACACCUUCUUGAGAGAUUUACUAGCUAGCCUCUUUGAACUUAAUGAAUCAUGA